CUGCAGAAGCUCAGAUAAGCGGAAGACUCUGGCAAACACUGAAGUAGACGUGAUGUGGGCGUGUGGUUUCUAUGGAGAGUCUGUCAACGUCACGCUCUUCCUGAACAUGACCGGAAAUCGUAUGGAUCACAAAGUAGAGAUCAGAAUACCAGCGGAACUACGAAGGUACGCCUGUGAUCUCUCACUGGUUCCAAACACAGCACACACUCGUCUCUCUGUGUCUGAGAACAGCAGGAAAGUAAAACAUGUGAAAAAGCCUCAGUCGUAUCCUGAUCAUCAAGACAGAUUUGAUGACUGUGAGCAGGUUCUGCGUGGACUGAGUCUGUCUGGACGCUGUUACUGGGAGGCUGAAUGGAGUAAAUAUAGCAGUGUCAUAUAUAAAGGAAUUAGCUGGAAAGGAGAGACUGACCAUUUGUUUGGAUCUAAUGACAAAUCCUGGAGUCUCUACUGCUGUGAAAAUCAGUUUUCAGCGAGGCACAAUAAUAACAGCACUGUCUAAUAGAGUAGGAGUUUAUCUGGACUGGUCGGCCGGCUCUCUGUCCUUCUACAGCGUCUCUGACACACACACACUCACACACUUACACACAUUCAACACCACAUUCACUGAACCCCUCUACGCUGGGAUUGGGGUUUAUGAUGGUUCUACAAUGUCCAAUUAAAAGAGAGACAUGUAAUUAAAAAUUAGAGAUAAACUUGAUAUGUUUAGUCACAUGUUAGCACUGUGUGUACUGCCACCUUGAGGCCACUGCAUUAAAUACAACAUAUACACUCAUUCAUGAAAUCACCACCAGGUAGCACCAAGGGUAAAGUACAGAACUUUCUUAGUAAAGCUGGAAAUGUGACAUUUUCACUUUUAAAUGAAGAUGAUGAAAAGAGCUAUGAACAGUACCAUAAUGGUCACAUGUAUCAUGUGCAGAUGAUCUCUCUGUGUGUCUGUGGAUGAUCUGUUCAUGUGUGUGUGUGUGUGUGUGUGUGUGUGUGUGUGUGUCUGUAGGUUGUCAGGCUGUAUGGUGACGGAGGAAGGCUGUGGUUAUUUGUCUUCAGCUCUGAGUUCAAACCCCUCUCACCUGAGAGAGCUGGAUCUGAGCUACAAUCACCCAGGAGAUUCAGGAGUGCAGCUGCUCAAACACAAACUGGAGGAUCCCAACUAUAAACUGAAGAUACUCAACAUAUAUCAACAUGCAGCCCAAAGCCAUGUAGGGCCCAUCCCUCAGGUCCAUAUAAUUGGUACCACCAGGAAAUGUUGGCAGGGGAGAUCAAAUAAGACUACCUGUGAUAAGCUGUCCUGACAAUUAACUUGAGAGAUUGCAUCGAAUUUUGUGUGUUUGUGUGUUAAUAGUGUAGACCAUCAGAAUGAUAGCAUGACCAAAAAGGUAUAUGAUCAAAUGCACACACAUCUUCGUUUGUUGCUGCCAUUGUGUAUUCAUUGCUUUUCUGUUCUUGUGUUCCGAUGCUUGUGAUCUCACAUUGGAUCCAAUCACAGCACACACUCA